CAGUAUCAGUAUUCUUCAAAUGUUUAUGUGAAUAUUACGUAUUAUCCUGCGCUGCCAACACUGCUGCGUAAUGGAGGUUUUCGACUGAAUUUGAUACCAAGUCGAAAGAUAACAAGUGAUGAUGGGAAUGAUAUUCGGGAAACGAAUGGCAACAUCAUGCACACUUUACCUCCACUGAAGGACGAACAACUCGAAAGAGUACCAAUGCUUCUACCAAUAUUAUCCGAUCGUUCAGUCUGUCGGGACGCUGCCCAUUCGGAAUUCCGCUGUGCCAUAAGUACUCUGAAUGAUGAAUAUAUUCCUAUGAAUAUAUUCCUGAAUGAUGAAUAUAUUCCUAUAUGUGUGCUUAUAUUUGUAGGCAUGCUUCAGGUAAUGAUGAAAAUGACACUUCCGAAUAUCUUAUCAAAGGAUCGUGCUGGUGAAAUUGGUCCAUUUACAUUGGACUGCCGAAUAAAGGAUAAUGUUUUUGGCUAUGAAUUUGAUAAUAUGAAACAAUUUGGCGGCCAAACAGCUGUUUCAUUCGACUUUGUGCCACGAUUUUCCUAA